AUUUCACAACACCCAAUCCAUCCUCUUCGAACCGAAAUGAGAUAAAUCCAUCAGCGUACUCCUUGAAUCUCGAACACCUCUUCUCGCUCACAUCGAUACCGACCGCCCCGCUGCAAACACUUCAGUACCUAAGUAUCCCACGCAAGAUGGUCGUCCCAUCAGCAAUGGCUUCCACAACCACCAAAAUUGCAACUUCGAUGUCGGCUACGAAAUCCGCUGCACCAUCCUUCCCGACGGUAUGCUACGAUGUCGACACAAUCCCACCAUGGCCUGUGGGCUUCGCUGUUUCCUUCACUAUACUAAUUGUGAUCGUCAUAUGCAUAAUUCUUGUCUACAGUACGAUAUAUCUUAGACGUCGCCUUUUCAAGAUUCUGGAAGAUAGGCCAGAAGAGGAAUUGGCUGAGCGAGUUAGAAUCCAAAGUCAAAGGGCUCUCUUUUAGGAAGGGAGGAAGCCAUUGAACGUUUGAUGCUUUCUAGAUUGUACCUGUUUAAACAUCGCAAUAAGUGGUGGUUUUGGCGACUGAAAGGCAAAGCUAAUCACAAUGAGUGCAACAGCGACAUGCCCCAAAAAAAUUGGUUGUG